AUGUCUGGAGCCAUGAGAAUCUUUUCCUUAAUUUCUGCUGCUCUCAUUCUCCUUGUUCACAUUUUCUCAGCCCACGGAGGAAUAUACAGACAGGUACAGUGUAAGAAAAUGAAUGGGCGCUGUGAAGUCGAGUGCCUCUCCUUCGAAGUUAAGAUUGGGGGCUGUCGAGCUGAACUGACACCAUUUUGCUGCAAAAAAAAGGGAAACAAGUAA